CGCGUGUGGGCGAUGCUGGGAUGUGCGAGUCGUGAAUCGUGAAGGGCUGGCGAAUUGCGUGCAGCCUUUUUGAUGUGUGGAUGAGAUGAAGGGAUCGACAGCUUGACGACAAGCCAUCAUCACCACGCAGACCGCACCGCGCACCACGCACCACGCACCACGCACUCCGCACUCAAGCCCUCGACUGGUUCGCCAUCCUCAGCGGCCCUUCGUAGGCAGACAAAGAGCGUUGCUAGACCAGGACAGAUUCUAAAGUUGCGCAGCUCACCUCGACCUUCGCCAGCCGAGCGAGGUCUCGUUCGAACGAAGCAGAAGCAGCGCUUGAACCGUCACUGUGCUGGGAGGGGAGGGCAUCGAGCGAGCGAGCGAGCGGGCAAAUGGGCGUGCAAGUGUGAUACAUUGCCAAGCUGCAUCCUCUCCUCUCCUCUCCUCUCCAUUCCACCCACCACCCAGGCGAAGCAUGUCGAGUGCCGCAGCUCUCAGCUCCACGCUCCCAAGUGCAGCAGCAGCCGCGCAGCCAAGCCUUUCCACCUCUUCCGCACCGCACAAUGUCGCACAGUCCAACACGCAGACGAGCGCAGCAGCCUCGCUGCCUUCUGCGCUGCCUCUUCAUCUAGAACGCAGCAUCAACACCAUCCUCUCCCACGACGACGACGACGACCGCGACGACGGCGACGCUCCCACGUCCAGUGGCACGCAAACUCUUGCUUCUGCACGCCUUGCAGCAGCUGGCGCAUCGACGGGUCACAGCUUGACUGCUUUUCUCGGCGAGCAGUUCGUCGAUGCGAAAGAUUUGGGACAGGAGAGCAUCUCGCUCGUACAGGCUAGACUGCGCGAAGCAGCAUCCAGCUCGGACGACUUGAUUCAUCAGUUGCUCCUCCUCUACUCCAUCCAGAUCCGUCGUAGUCGGGCGAACGGGUCGAGUGUGCAGGAAGAUGAUGAUGGAGCAGCAGCAGCGGCGGCGGCGGCGGCAGGAGCGAAAGAAGCGCAGGUGGGACAGGAUGAGGUGACGCAGCUAUUGAGACAAUUAUCAAAGAUACGCGAUCAAGCCGCAGAGGCCGAAGGUGUGGUCAGGGACAUUACGCGGGACAUUCGAAGUCUGGACACUGCAAAGAGGAACAUCGUCACGAGCAUGACUAGUCUCAAGCGCUUGCAGAUGCUGGGUGAGUGAGCAAGAGAGAGAAGAAGCGAAUCGCGCGUCUGUGCUUGUGCACGCGGG